CGCCCUUCUCGUGAGAGAAAGAGAGAGGCGGCGGAAGGUUGGAUUAAGGAGAGAGAAAACCACCGCCGCCAUCUUUGCGUUCGGGGCGCCUGAGGGGGGAGGCCGGGCUAAGCCUGAGCGGAGCCUCCCGCCGCCGCCGCCUCCUCCUCCUCCGCUGGCACGGCCGGAGCCGCAGACGGAGCAGGGCGAGCCCCGCCCCCGACGGUUCUGGGGACCUGAGAUGGCCGCGCAGUCAGCGCCGAAAGUCGUGCUUAAGAGCACCACCAAGAUGUCCCUCAACGAGCGCUUUACUAAUAUGCUGAAGAACAAACAGCCGAUCCCUGUGAACAUUCGAGCCACCAUGCAGCAGCAACAGCUAGCCAGUGCCCGGAACAGAAGGCUGGCCCAGCAGAUGGAGAACAGACCUUCUGUCCAGGCUGCCUUGAAACUCAAGCAGAAGAGCUUGAAACAACGCCUGGGGAAAAGUAACAUCCAGGCGCGCUUAGGCCGGCCGGCAGGACUCCUGGCCCGUGGAGCGUUAGGGGGGCGAGGCUUGCCGAUGGGCCAGAGAGGCUUGCCCCGAGGAGCCAUGCGUGGCGGGCGCGGAGCGAGAGCGUUGCUGCGGGGAGGAAUUCCCCUCAGAGGGCAGAGUUUGCUUCGGGGAGGGCGUGGCCUAGCCCCUCGGAUGGGCCUGAGAAGAGGAGGCCUUAGAGGACGGGGCGGGCCUGGCAGAGGCGGGCUGAGCAGAGGAGCCAUGGGCCGGGGAGGCAUUGGCGGCAGAGGUCGUGGCAUGGCAGGCCGCGGAAGAGGCGGCUUCGGAGGCCGCGGAAGAGGUCGAGGAAGAGGAAGAGGGUCCGCCCGCCCUGCCUUGACCAAGGAGCAGCUCGACAACCAGCUCGACGCGUACAUGUCAAAAACGAAAGGUCACCUGGAUGCCGAACUGGACGCCUACAUGGCCCAGACAGACCCUGAAACCAAUGACUGAUGCUUCCGUGCCGUAGACAAUUGCUGAGGUUGUGCGUGUUGUGCGCUGGGCCUCCCCCCUCCUCCUCCUUUAAACUAAGAUUGGCAACAACAGCCCUGACGACUUGGGGAGGGGCAGGAGAUACAACAUUAACAUUACAUUUUGAUACUCUUGUGUUGUAUGAAACUGGUGGGGUGGGGAGGGGGGAGGUAGAAUGGUGUGUGUUAGUCUACAUGCACACGCAUACAUAUUUCUUCAGAAAUGAACCUGACUCGACCUGCCACCCACAGCUGGCACCCUCUUGGUCCGUGGAGGAGGAGCGCUGAGCCCGGCUCAGCCUCCCCACCCCCUCGCUUCUUCACUCUUCAGCAGGACGACAUUGCAUUCAUGAUCCUCUUCUCUCCUUUCCCCCCCCAAAUCGGCCUUGCUGUAAGCAGCAGGCCUCAGGUGCUUCAUGAGCAGAUGUCUGCUGUCAGGAGGUGGGUCUCAAGGUGGCUGCUUGUGCACCGUGUCGCUGAAUUACAGACUCUUAAGUCCCCCCCCCCCCGCCCAACAUGUAAUUCUAUGACUUUUUUUAUACGGCGAGCACAAAUAAGUGGAGCUUUUUUCUCCCCCCCUUUUCUCCCCUUCUCCCUAAAAAGGAUCAGGCCCAACUUGGGUAUAAUUUACCAAAUCUGCUGUGGCCGAAAGCAGAUUUUUUUUUUAAUUAAAAAAAAAUUGGCAGCAAACUUUUUUUAUGUUCAUGCUCGUGUUGCCAGCCUGGUUGUUGGGGUUUUUUUUGUGUGUGUGCGUGUGUUUGAAGAUACCGAGGACGUGGGCAGAAGCUUCUCGCUGUUGCUCUCUCUGCCGCCUGGUGUCUUAUGAGCUCAACUGUUCUGUUCCAGUUUUGAACGGUAUCUUGUAUCUUCUGGUUUACUGUAAGAAACAAUUGCAGGGAAAAGGCAUUGUUGACUUUGUGUCCUUUGUGCUUGUUUGUGUAUGGGUGGGGGCAUUGUUGUUAGAAACCUGCAGCAAAUUGAAUAAGCCGCUUUUUGAUACCUUGAA